UCUUUGGUUCAGCAUGGCCACGCUGUAUGAAGGAUACACGUUGUGUGGACUCAUUCCAUCCCAGAAUCUGACCAAUUCCAGCAUUCAGGGCGUCGAAGUGGAGAGGGAUAACGACCAUGUCAUCGUCACAGACUCAUUCAGAUCUGUUACUCUUUACAAGGUGUCAGACCAGAAGCCACUGGGAAGCUGGACUAUGAAACAAGGCAACUGUUUGACCUGUCCAGCAGUCUACAACAUACACACUAAAGAAUAUGUGACAGUAACAGACAACAAGGUGAUCAGAAUCUGGAAGGAAGAUGAUGUUCUCUUGGAUAAGACAUUCAAAGCGACUGUGUCCUCGGACAUUUCGAGGGUCCACUGUGUUGCUGGAGGAGAUCCUGUGGUCUUGUUUCAGAGAGGAGCUGUGAGACUUCUUGAUUCUCUUCUCUCAGCUCCUCAGCAAACUGUCGAGGAAGUCCUGGCUCCAGAUGAGACCAUUAGGUGGAGCACCAACAUAGUGGCAGAAACCCAGCAGUUCAUCGUCUUCACAACAGAGAAGAAGGGGGAACAUUUCCUCUACCUGCAGAAACUGAAGCCAAACACACUGCAGAGGUACCGGCUGGAGCGAGAAGAUUCUGGACUCUCUCCUCUCAGCUUGUCUGCGUCCUACAGGGAUAAACUUAUCCAUCUGCUUCACCUCUACCCUAAUGGACAUGUGUACCAGAGUGUGCUCUCUGUGUGGGGCCAGGGUGCCGAUGAGGGGUCUCAAACCCUUUUACUGCCCCGUAACCUGCUAUUGGCUCUUUCUGUUGACGAGGGCCAACUGGAAGCAGCUUCUGCCCUCCUCCUAGAUGAAGCCCAUAUUGCUGUUGUUGGCGUUCCGCACCCCUCAGCUGGAGCUGGUAAAGACUUUCUCUGCAUCUGGAAUAUCAAUUUCCAGACACUUCAGGCAGGGAAAGAAAUUGCGGGUAAAAUCUUCGGACAGCUAUGGUGUUAUUCCAACAAGUUAUUCAUUCCACAUGGCAAAACCCUGUCUGUUAUUCCAUACGGAUGCACCAAAUCUUCACUCGCCUCCGCUUUGGGCAAGCUGAAGCAGUCCAGGACUGAAGAAUCCAGACCGCUAGUGUCAGUGCCUUCUUGGAACAACAUCUUACAUGAAGACAAAACUCAGCCCUCAAGAACAAUGGAGACCAGGAAGUUGAGAAGUGCACGUAAGAGCCAGAUGUCCCCCAGUUUAACAGUUGAGCAAGUUCUGGAGCUCAUCAAGACAGCAUCGGUAGAGGAAGUACAGAAAGAAGUGGAAGGCCUCUUUUCCAGAGCAGAUACCCAGGACCUGAAUCAGUCAGUAGGACAGCUGGCAUCGUCGCUGGUUUCCCGCAGCUUGGCUGAUACCGCCUUCUAUUCGCCAACCACGCUGGCACAGCUAGUACAUACCCAGUCUCUCUGUCACAGCGUGUGCCCUGACCUUGUGCAACUGGCCCUGGAAAAGAAGGAUUACUUCCUGUGUCAGAUGUGUUUACAGUUCUUCCCUGACAUCCCUGAAGCUGUCACAUGCACCUGCCUGAAGGCCUUCAUUAGUAUGCCAGACAACGAGGCAGAGAAAGUGAACCUGGAGCCUGACAGCGUCUCCUUUAUGGAAACUCUGACCUCCAGGGAACAUGGUCAAGUUGGCUUGCAGAAUGGUUUUAACUCCACCUCUUCGGAGGACCACUCAGACGUUACAAUGACAAAAGCAGACGAAGAGAAUAAAACGCCACCGGAACAAAGCUGUCCAGUGGGAUUACAAAAGGCUGCUUUACUGAAUGAGGUCCUGCAGACGGCGUACAGCGAUGACCUUCUUCUCCCACAUUUGAAAGACCUUUCAUCCCAACACGUUAUUCUUUUCCUCCAGUAUCUGCACUUCCUCUACUUAAAAUAUAAUCAAGAAACUUUUCCUCAGAGCCAUGGCUAUCGAUCACCCAGUCUGACGCAGAUUAUGGAUUGGGUUUGCUUGUUGUUGGAUGCUCAUUUUACAGUUCUAGUCAUGACUCCAGAGGCCAAAGGCCUGCUGCUAAACCUCCACAGCUAUAUUAAGUCUCAGGUGAGACUAUUUUCUGAACUUGGAAAAGUUGAGGGAAGUCUUCAAGAGCUCCAACACAUGAAGAUAAAACAAGAUAUGGGACAGUAUUCUAUUGAGCUUAUAGAACUUUUUUAGGUUUCUAUGGAAUUCUUUUAAAUAAAACUUUGAACAUCGUA